CUCCCCUGUCUUCGCUCACUCAUUGCAACACUUAAAAAGCCCUCCAUCCGCUGCAGGAUGAGCAGAAACAGGGCAAUGAAGUUCUGUGUACCUCAAUCCAGCCUGCUCGCCGCAGCUCUUCUUUUGCUCAUAGCGACGACAAUCGUUGAUGGCGAUCGAAUCUUCCUUGAAUGGCACGUUGCUCUCGACACAAGCAUCAAACCGGCCUCUGUCGAUCAACCUGUGAUUACAAUCAACGGCAAGUUCCCAGGACCGUUGAUCAAUGCGACGACGAACGACAACAUCAAGGUCAAUGUGUUCAACGACAUUGAUGAGCCCCUUCUCUUCACCUGGAAUGGGAUACAACAGAGGCUGAAUUCCUGGCAGGAUGGAGUUUCGGGAACAAACUGUCCCAUUCAGCCUGGCAGGAACUGGACAUUCGAGUUCGUGGUGAAGGAUCAAAUCGGAUCCUUCUUCUACUUCCCAUCACUGCACUUCCAGAAAGCUGGCGGAGGAUUCGGUCCAAUCCGCGUCAACAAUCGUGUCGUGAUCCCCGUUCCUUUCCCGCAACCCGAGGAUGAUUUCGACCUGCUCAUUGGUGACUGGUACAACUUCAAUUACAAGGACGUCAGGCGGAUGCUGACCAACGGCCCAGCCCAGCCCAACCUCCCAUCUUUGACGAUGCUCAUGAAUGGGAAAGGCCCAUACGUGAACUCGUCGACCCAAGUAUACGAAUCAUUCACUGUCUUCCAAGGGAAGACGUACAGGUUCAGGGUGUCGAACGUGGGAGUGCGGAGUAGCUUCAACUUCAGGAUCCAAAACCAUCGGCUGCUAGUCGUCGAAACGGAAGGAUCGUACACGAAUCAGAUGGUGGUGGACUCUCUCGACGUCCACGUAGGACAGUCCUACUCUGUUCUCGUCACAGCGGAUCAGGACCUCGCGGACUAUUACAUCGUCGCUUCCCCCAAACUGUCCAAUGUCAGUAACGACCCGAACAGCGGCCUUCUGGGUGUUGGGCUUCUCCGUUACAACGGCUCCUCGACGAACGUUAGUGGGCCGAUACCGAGCGGGCCCAGCCCAUUCGAUAUGCGAUUCUCCAUCGAGCAGGCCCGGUCCAUUAGGUGGAAUCUAACAGCAGGGGCGGCAAGGCCCAACCCACAAGGGAGCUUCAAUGUCUCCAACGUGAUAGUGUCACAGACGUUUGUGCUCAGUGGAUCAAAUGCACAAAAUGGUAACGGUGGUGUGGGAUACUCCACCGUCAAUAACGUGUCGUAUAUGACGCCGGACACACCAUUGAAGCUGGCGGAUUUCUACAGCAAUGGCUCCGGCGUUUACACCCUCGACCAGUUCUCGACGAACUCCUCGAACGGCGAGCUCCGGCAAGGGGUUUUCGUGGCCGCCGGGAGGCACAAAGGGUGGUUGGAACUUGUCCUCACCAACGACCUUGGAAGUAUAGACUCGUGGCAUUUGGAUGGGUAUGGGUUCUUCGUGGUCGGGUAUGGAUUUGGAGACUGGACGGCUUCGUCUCGCUUCUCGUACAAUCUGUUCGAUCCGGUUGUUCGUUCAACUGUUCAGGUGUAUCCAAAAGGAUGGACUGCGGUUUAUGCAUUCUUGGACAACCCAGGAAUGUGGAACCUGAGAUCCCAGAAGCUGAGGAAUUGGUAUAUGGGACAGGAGCUGUAUCUGAGAGUGUAUGAUUCUGACCCCAACCCUGCCAAGGAGUUUUCCCCUCCAGCCAACCUUCUCCUCUGUGGGAUUUACAGCAACUCAACUCCACCACCUCCUAAUUCUCCCAACUCAACCCCUCCGCCGCCGUCUCCUUCUCAGGCAUCUUUUCACCACUUCCCAUGGUUCCAAAGCUUGGUGGUGACCGUGGUGGCAACCCUAUAUAUCUGCAUGAAGCAAUAAAUAGUAGCGUACCUGAGACUCAAAAUUAAAUUCCUACAAUUUUUUUACUCAUUUAUUGGUGGUGGUCUAGAUGUAACAUUAAUGCCACAAAAAACACUGUUGGUCAAGAUAAUAAAACUGAUGAAAAAUGGUUGAGUGGGGAACAAACAGAUAGUCUUCACUUCAGUUUUUUUUUUCUUUUUUUUUUUUCCUAAUAGGCUUGGUAACAUCUCAAAUCUUUUCCCGAGCAAGAUAUUGUCCGCUUUGGGUCUCGACUCUCAUGAUUUUUUACUUGGAGUGCAAUUCGAUCAAGGUGACUUCCCAUAAGGUCACCUAUCCUUGUUGUGCUCCAAACUGAGCACGUUUAACUUCGGAGUUCUCACAAGAACUCCUUCAUUUCACUCCAAAACGCAUCUUGUCAAUUAGGCCGGUUUCCUACUUAUAAAUCAUGGAUCUCUCCCGUACUUUGUCGAUGAGUCAAUUGGAUAUCAUUUUGGUGAAGGAUUGAAAUUUGAGACCUGUUAAUUUCCCCGAUCUCAAAUCCCCACGUGCACUUUUGGGCAAUCUUUCUAUCUAUAUGCGCAUGUUACACGUUUCCUCUUCUCUGCUAAAAUUAGGAAGUACUUGCUCGUUGCUACAAGCUACAACCAAGAAAUGGAAAAGAGAAACAGAAAGUAGAAAAUAAUUUAACAAAGGGUUUUGAUGAUU